UAUGAAUUCAACGUAUAAAAACAAAAAUAAAAGUAGCAUACGAAAUAGUCAAAUUUUGCGAAAAACUAGUCAAUGCAAGGUUAAUAAAUUAAUUUAAAUAUGGACAUUUGUUCAAUCUACAAAAGCCUCGAGAAAACAUAAGUUGUAGUAGUGAAUUUUAUGGUGACUCGAAGAGGUGUUUAAAUAAACAAAUGUUUAGGAUAAAAUAACUUAUAAAUGGCAAAAAUUUUAACUGACAAAGCUGUAUAUGAAAAAAGCAACAUGGUCCAAUACACAGUACUUAAAGACUAUUAUAACUUGGAAAAAACGAUUGGUUGUGGAGGUUUUGCUAAAGUAAAAUUGGCUACGCAUAUUGCAACAGGUGAAAAAGUGGCCAUUAAAAUAAUGGAGAAAGCUACUUUGGGACAAGAUUUACCAAGAGCAAAAUUAGAAAUCAAUGCAAUGAAACAUUUAUUACAUCAGAAUAUUUGUAAGCUUUAUCAAGUAAUGGAGACUGAAGAUUACUACUUCAUUGUUAUGGAAUAUUGUUCAGGGGGAGAAUUAUUUGAUCAUAUUGUUGAAAAAAGUAGGUUGACUGAAUCAGAAGCCAGAAAGUUUUUCAGACAAAUUAUUUCAGCUGUUGCCUAUUUACAUAGCUUAGGAUAUGCCCAUAGAGAUAUUAAACCAGAAAAUGUUUUACUAGAUGAAAACCAGAAUCUCAAAUUAAUAGAUUUUGGUUUGUGUGCAAAACCAAAUGGAGGAAUGCAAUCUCAUCUGUAUACUUCUUGUGGAUCUCCAACAUAUGCAGCACCAGAAUUAAUUAUGGGAGACAAAUAUUUAGGAUCUGAAAUUGAUAUUUGGAGUUUAGGAGUUUUACUAUAUGCUUUACUUUGUGGUUUUCUUCCUUUUGAUGAUAGUCGAAUUGAAUACUUGUACAAAAAGAUUCUUGAUGGUGAAUAUGAUGAACCAGAGUGGUUAUCGCGAAGUAGUAAGAGACUAAUACGAGCUAUGCUACAAACUGAUCCCAAGAAAAGAAUCAACAUAAAAGAUCUAUGUAGUCAUCCAUGGAUAACAGCAGGUUUCUUAAAUCCUGUAAGCAUUACAAAAUUAAGUGGUUUUGAAAAAGAUGAAGAUGUCUUAGAUACUUUGACAAACAUAUUUGGAGGAGAUUCUGACGAAUACUGGAACAAAAUAAAGGAAGACAAUAGAACAGAUUAUAAAACUGCUACAUAUUUGUUAUUGUUAGAUAAGAGAAAACAAAAUCCUGCAAUAUUAGCAAAGUUCCAAUCUGAUUAUUAUAAAAUGAAAAGAAUCGCUGAGAAUAAUGUGAAUAGAUCUGAUUCAGUACCUUGUGAAUCAUCAAUGAAAGGACGUAAGCGAAGAAGAAGUAAUGAUCAUAACGAAAUUACUCCUCCUGCUCCCACAAAAAGAUUUGCAAAUACUUGCAGAAGAUCCGUGACUCCCAUUCGAAAAUCAACAAAUUGUGGUUCUUCAACACCAUCUACACCAGGCAGCGCAAGAAAAUUAUUAACUAACUUGGAAAGAAAUUUCAACAAAGUCAAAUGUAUCUUAACACCAAAACGUUCAAGAAAUUUAGAAUGUGAGAAUGUGAACAAACCAAAUAUAUUUACAGGAAAAAAUUUGUGUAACUUAUCUUCCACAUCCAGUACUUCACCACAGGAUAUUUUAUUACAACUGCAGAAUGCUUUGCAAAAAAAAGGUAUUUUAUGUAAACAAAAAGGUUUUAUACUUUAUGGAGAAACAGAUACUUCCAAAAGAAGGUGCAAGUCUAAUGUUAUAAAUGGUUCAAAAUCAUUGCCAUCCAAAAGCUUCUGUUCUUUUGAGCUUGAAGUUUGCCUAAUAAAAAAUACUGCAGAGAAACCUAUAGUGGGAAUUCGGAGAAAAAGAUUACAAGGCGAUGCAUGGAUGUACAAACAAGUUUGUGAAGAAAUCCUUGCACUUGCUGCUAAACAAUUACCAGAUGAGAGAAUUAAUGUUUAGCAUUUACAUGAUAUGUCUACUGUAUACUUUUUUUUAUACGAAUGUACAAUACAACAUGCAUGCAUGUUUAUGUAUAGUAUAGGUAUAAGGUGUUGGCUUAUUAUUCUACAUGUAAUGAUAUAAUUGCGUUAUUUUAUAUUUUUUAUAAAUCCGGAGUUGUAAAAGGGGCUAAUAUUAUUAAGCCUGCCUAAUUUUCAAUAAAA